UGUGACAGAAUCCAUGCAUGCUUCUAUGCGAGUCAUGGACAUAACCCAUCCAGGAUGGUCUGACUGUACUUAAACAGGCCAGCCUGUCAUUUCCACCUGGCCCUAGCUCUGGAACAGUUAUUAGGAUAGCAUUAGGCCCACAAGCCUGUGGUGAUCCCAUCCACUCUUUAGUACGAAUAAGACACUCUUUUCUGCUCACUCAUAUAUGCAUAUUCCGCUGGCCACCCUGACUAACCGUCAGAAACCAUGACCUUACGAUUGUUGUCUUGGAAGCGGGGCGUUUCCGUUGGCUGUGAACGCCGCAGCGGAGCGUUGGAAAACAGGAACUUGAUAGGCCGGUUACGUCUCGGAAGAGUCUCCGAAUCAAUCAACAGAACAAGGGCGGAGCACUGAGCCUGGCAACUAGCGCACCACCACUACUACCACCACGACGAUCUGACAGGGCAUUCCGAUAGGCUACAGCGUACAUGUACGGACGGAUGCAGUGCUUGCAUCUCAUCGCCAUGGAGCAUGCGGUAUUGUUAUCCUCACUACAACAUUUUAAUCAUCAGCAUUCGUUCUUCUUCUCCCUCUUCGUCUGAAUGUAUGCUUUUACAGCAUAAGGGGUAUCUUCCCCCCCCAUUCCCCCCAUUUCGAAUUCUGUUGCUUGAUUCUGGUUUUCUCCUCAUCGUCGAAGCUGUGUGAGCAUGCCGACUGCUGAAAUACUCCGAGCCCCCCCGACCCCAAGCCAGACAAAAGCGAAGCGGGCGGAUUUGCUGCUCAAGUGGUUGCGGCUCCCUCGACGAUGAAAUCUCAGCGAGAGAUUCUACCCGCAGGCCCAUCAGUAGCCAGCAGCGCUUCAUCAGGACGGGAGUCAACCCCGCAAUCCGUUACUGGAGCCGCCACAAGUGCGUCUAGACGCUAUCCCCAGAUAAAGAUUGCUUGCACCUUUUGUCGGAGGAGGAAAUCAAAGUGCGAUGGUCACCGUCCCGUGUGCUCCAUGUGCGCCAGCACGGGCCGUGCAAUGUGUGAGUACGAUGGUGGUCCAGACGUUACCCGUUUUGCCGCCCUCAAAACCAAACAUGAGGAACUGCAGCGCCGCGUCACCCUCUUUGAAGAAUUCUUCCACCUGCUGUCGGUGCGCUCCGAGGCCGAGUCCGUCGAAAUCAUCGGCCGCAUGCGCACCGCCAACAUCGAAACGGAUCUCGAAGACCUCGUCAAGUUCAUCAAGAACGCCGACUUGUUGGUGCAACUGGCCUCCGCCCAGUCGGAACAGACACCUCCGGCCUCGGGGGAGCCAAGUGUCGACGCGCACCUCCCAACCAUGCCACUGGACGACACAUCCUCUCUCCUCGAGCUUUUAAAAUCGGCCGUUUCCAAACUCGACGUCUCGGCCCAGACUGCUUUACUCGACAUGAUUAGACAUAAUGUAGGUGUCUUCGCCUCACGCGAAGGCGGUCGAUCAGGCUCCACCGAAACAGUGAAACCGGACGGAGAGGCACACGCAGAGAUGAACGGCGUACGACCCCAAGUACAUAUGGGGUUUCUCGAGCGGCUACUUAAUGAUGGCAUGAUGAGACCGAACUGACGCGCGCAUACCAAAUACCCUCGGAGAUUGGAGCAUCCUUGGAGGAUGGCCCCGAGCGAAUGAGGGUCAUGAGAGGGCGGCGGUCGGUUAGCCUCAAGAUGGCACGAGAGCUUGACCAGUUGAUCGCGGUGAACUCCGCGCAUACAGAAUACGAGCCGAAACAGGCGGCGGGCUUGGGAAACUACCGGGUCGUAACAGGGCGUGAGGAUUCCUUCUGAAAUCGGGUUCGGCUUUCUUUGAGAACAACGGUGGCCGGGAUUCAAGACUGGGACAGGCAGGAUGAACUCCUCUCUAU